GUAUCUGCAGGUAAAUGAAAAAUGUUUAUGUUGUUUCAAGAGGAAUUUUAGACGAGAAAAGAGAUAGAUAGGCGCUUUGAUAGGCGUAAUAGGUUGUCCCGUUACCCCAGAGAAUAGUUGCCCAUUCUACCUUCUAAGUGUUUUUGAAAUGAUAUUACUACGAUGGCUAGAGGAAUUCUUAGAUUGACCAACAAGAAGAGAUUAUUAAGUCUCAGGAAAACCACAAUAUUAGAGCAAAGACAUUUUUCUGGAGAUAAUACAGAUGCUCGACCUAGGGGAAUUCCUUACACGAACUUGACAAUAGGAGUCCCGAAAGAAGUUUGGAAAAAUGAAAAAAGAGUUGCAAUUACCCCAGCAGUAACAGAAAUCUUUCUGAAAAAGGGGUUUACUGUGAAUAUUGAAGAAAAUGCUGGUUCUCUAGCCAAGUUUCGUAACGAAGAUUAUGAGAGAUCGGGAGCAAAGCUAGUAAACAAUGAAAAAGUGUUUAAUUCAGAUAUUAUUCUAAAAGUACGACAGCCCCUUGUAGAAGAAGUACCAAGUUUUAAGGAUGGUUCAAUGUUAAUAUCUUUUUUAUAUCCUGCACAAAAUGUCGAUUUGGUUAAGAAAUUGGGCGAUAAACGAAUCACUGCCUUUGCUAUGGACUGUGUUCCUCGAAUAACCAGAGCUCAAGUAUUUGAUGCACUUAGUUCAAUGGCAAACAUUUCCGGAUACAGAGCUGUUAUAGAAGCAGCAAACCAUUAUCCUAAGUUUCUAUCAGGUCAAAUAACAGCAGCUGGUAAGGUGCCACCAAGUAAAGUACUCAUUAUAGGAGGUGGAGUAGCUGGUUUAGCAGCAAUUGGACAGGCUAAAUCUAUGGGCGCUAUAGUAAGAGCAUUUGAUACUCGAUCGGUUGUUAAAGAAGAAGUAGAAUCAUUGGGAGCACAAUUUUUAACAGUAAACAUUGAGGAAGAGGGAGGUGAUGCAGAAGGCUACAGCAAGGAAAUGUCAAAAGCAUUUAUAGAAGCAGAGCAUGCACUAUUCGCAAAACAGUGUAAAGAGAUUGAUAUUAUUAUAUCUACUGCUUUAAUUCCAGGCAGGAAAGCCCCAAUAUUAAUUUUAAAGGAGCACAUAAAGUCGAUGAAACCCGGUAGUGUAGUGGUAGACCUAGCUGCGGAAGCAGGAGGUAACAUAGAAACUACUCGUCCUGGUGAGAUAUAUACUUUUAAUGACGUUACCCACGUCGGAUUAACCGACUUUCCUAGUUUAUUACCCACCCAAAGUUCAACGCUCUAUGCAAACAAUAUAUCUAAGUUCCUCUUGUCUAUAGGUGAACAAAACCAUUUUUAUAUUGAUCUAGAAAAUGAAAUAGUUCGAGGAAGUAUUAUUCUAGAUAACGGCAAACUUGUGUGGCCACCUCCAAAACCUGUAGGUCCACCACCUACUCCUAUUCACCAGGAGCAUGAAGCCGAAUCUGCCAAAGGGGUUCAAGCUGAACCAAGUCCUUUUAAGAAAACUUUGGAUCGUGCAUUAUUAACUACAGCAGGUGUUGGUAGUAUUGUGGGUCUAGGAAUAUGCUCACCUAAUCCAGAAUAUACUUCAAUGCUAACUGUACUUGGACUAUCAGGAAUUGUAGGUUAUCAUACAGUUUGGGGAGUAACUCCGGCAUUGCAUUCGCCUUUAAUAUCUGUAACAAAUGCCAUUUCCGGUAUAAUAGCGGUUGGAGGUUUGUUACUCAUGAACGGAGGAUAUUAUCCUACUAAUUCAGUAGAGGCUUUAGCAGCAAGUGCAGCUUUUAUAUCAUUUAUUAACGUUUUUGGAGGUUUCUUUGUUACAAGGAGGAUGCUGGAUAUGUUCAGAAGACCAGGUGAUCCACCAGACUACAAUGCACUCUAUGUUAUACCUGCAGCAGUAUUUCUUGGUGGAUACGGUUAUGCUGAAAUGAGUGGUUUUUCGGAAGUCCACCAAGCAGCAUAUUUAGCAGCGUCGCUCUGCUGUGUGGGAGCCUUAGCUGGUUUAAGUAGCCAAGUUACUGCCAGAAUGGGCAAUAUUUUAGGAAUGAUAGGCGUUGCGGGUGGAAUAGCUGCAACUCUGGGCCAAAUUGCUCCUAGUACAGAAGUUUUAACGCAGAUGGCAGCUGUUGCACUUGGAGGAGGUACUAUUGGGUUAGUUAUAGCUAAGAAAAUUCAAAUUACAGAUUUGCCACAACUCGUUGCUGCUUUUCAUAGUUUGGUUGGUUUAGCGGCUGUUUUAACUUGUUUCUCUACAUUUAUAUAUGAUUUUCCGACAUUUUCUACUGACCCGGCUGCUAAUGUCAUCAAAACAGCCUUGUUUUUGGGUACUUAUAUUGGUGGCGUAACAUUCAGUGGUUCUCUCAUCGCCUAUGGGAAACUACAAGGGCUACUUGAAUCUGACGCCUUACUUCUACCUGGACGUCAUAUACUAAACUCUACACUUCUGUUAGCCAGUGUUGGUGCCGGAGCGUAUUUAUUUUACGACCCAUCAUUGAUGGGAGGACUAGGGGCGUUGGGAACUACAGCAGCUUUAAGCACAACGAUGGGAAUUACUUUGACUUCUGCUAUAGGAGGGGCUGAUAUGCCUGUGGUGAUUACAGUGUUAAAUAGUUAUUCAGGUUGGGCGCUUUGUGCUGAAGGUUUAAUGUUUAGUAAUAAUCUUAUGACAAUAGUUGGUGCUCUUAUUGGAUCUUCUGGUGCUAUAUUGUCGUAUAUUAUGUGCAAGGCAAUGAACAGAUCACUUCCAAACGUCAUACUUGGUAGUUAUCGCAGUUCAAGUACAGGAGGCGGCAAGCCAAUGGAAAUUACCGGUACUCAUACCGAAAUUAACAUUGAUGAAGCCUCUGAAGUUAUUAAAAACGCUCGGAACAUCAUCAUUGUUCCUGGAUAUGGAAUGUGUGCUGCGAAGGCUCAGUACCCCAUCGCCGAAAUGAUUGAAGUUCUCAAAAAGAAAGGCAAAAACGUACGCUUUGCUAUACAUCCAGUCGCAGGUCGUAUGCCGGGACAAUUAAACGUUCUGCUAGCAGAAGCAGGAAUAUCUUACGAUGACGUCUUUGAAAUGGAUGAAAUAAACGACGAAUUUCCUGAAACCGAUCUAGUGUUAGUUAUUGGAGCUAACGAUACUGUCAAUAGCGCUGCAGUGGAUGACCCUAAUUCGCCUAUAGCUGGAAUGCCGGUUCUCACUGUCUGGCAGGCUGAACAUGUCAUUAUUAUGAAAAGAUCUUUAGGUGUUGGAUAUGCUGCUGUAGAUAAUCCAGUCUUUUUUAAACCAAAUACUUCUAUGUUGCUUGGCGAUGCGAAGAAGACUUGUGAUGCAUUAUUACAUAAGAUUGUGAUAGAAGAAUAAGUAUCGACUUCAUAGAUAUGUUGUUUAUUAUAUAAUUAUUGUACAAAAACUAUUCGUAAAAAAUAUAAAUUUAUCAAAUAGGUAAUUUUUAAAAUGUGCCUAAAUAUAAAGACGAAGUAUAGUGCUUGCUAUAAUUUAUGUAUUGAAAAUGUAUUCGUGUUAAACAUAGAAUAAACAACAAAAAUCAAAAUUCUUUUAUAGGUACUGAAUAUGUCGUAUGAUCGAAAAAAGUCAUUUAGUUGGCUUGGAGGUGACGAUUAUUGAAAUUUACCAUAAGACUUUAAAUAUGAAACAACAGCGAUUUUAAUUUCCAAGCCAACUCUGACCCCGUUCUUUGUUU